GGCUAAAAAACACAUCAUCAAGAUAACUGGUAGCCUUAUGUUGGAAGCAGCAUUGAUUCUCUCAAAUCAGAUGAUUAAGCACGGUGUAAGAUAGUGUAGUUGAUAAACAUGUUUAAAAACGGCGUUCAUAAAAACAACUUUGUAAAAAAAUGUGACAUCAACACACAUUUUGAAUAAAUCAGUCACAAAGUGAUCAAAAAUGUCUUGCUUUAAUUUUUUGCGAAUAUUUUGUUUUCCACCCUGCUACAAUGCUGUUGUGAGAAAAUUUGCGUUUCACCCUCCCAAAUGCACUUAUAAAUUGGCAAAAAUUACUGGCACCAGAAAUACAUACCACAUGGUACUACGACAAGGUAAGAAACCAGCUUACUCAGAAGCUGUGAGAUCCAUUGAAUGCUAUCUGGUUGAAACUAAGCGCAAAAAUAGGAUUGUUUGCAUGUAUGUUAAAUGUGUAAAAGAGCCAAAAUUCACGAUUUUGUUCUCACACGCCAACGCUUGUGAUUUGGGGCAAAUAGCCAAGAGUCUGCUACAGUUGGGUACAAAAUUGCAGUGCAAUAUUGUGGCAUACGAUUAUUCCGGUUAUGGGAAGAGUACCGGUGUGCCUAGUGAGAAACACAUUUAUUCUGAUAUUGAAGCAGUUUUGGUUUCUAUGAGGAAGAGAUACGGAAUUCCUGACAAUAAGGUUAUUGCCUAUGGGUGGAGUAUUGGAUGUGCACCCACCAUCCACCUUGCCUCCAAGGUCAAGCUGAGGGCAGUAGUCAUACAUUCUGGAUUCACCUCAGGCAUGGACGUUCUAUGUAGAAGUGAUGGCAAAGUUAAAUGGUGUUGCAAUCCGUUCAACAGUAUCGAUAAGGUGCCAAAAGUGACUUCUCCGGUUCUGGUCAUUCAUGGCAUGGAAGAUGAAGUGAUCGACUUUGCGCACGGACUGGCCAUCUACGAGAGGUGUCCCAGAGCGGUUGAGCCGUUGUGGGUUGAGGGUGCUGGUCACAAUGAUGUGGAGCUGUACGGCCAGUAUGUGGAGAGGCUGAAACAAUUUGUCUCAGUAGAAUUAGUCAACUGACAGUUAAUGUCCGGCUGUGACGACUCCCUCAACCAGACCUCCACUCUCAGCUCUGCGUCAGCCACCACCAGUUCGGUCACUGAAAAACUACUCUAGCGCCAGCGCUGUCGGACUCUAUAUUUUUCUAUCUUUGAACGUGUAACUCAAUUCAGAAAAACACUUCAAAUUGUAUUGGUGCGAUGACAAUUGCUAAGAAAGUUAUCAUACUGUUUGAAAAUUUUAUAAAUCCUGUUUGUUGUGAAAUCCUGUGCAAAUACUCUUAAUGUAAUUAUGUACAUUUGAAAACUAAUACCCAAUUAUAUAUGUAAUUAUGGUGAUCAUUCUCUCGUGGAGUUUCUACUGUAGCUGAAUGCUCGACUGAGCUCAUAUUCAUCACAUUCACAGCCGUAAAUAAAAAACUUUACAUUCUUUUUUAAAACAAUUUUGUUUAUUUGUAUGAUUGUUAUUUAUUUCCUUAUACUUUUUAUAAACAGUUGAUAAUUUAGAUGUAGAUUGGCAUUUUGCUUUUAUAUUACUGUAGGUCUUUUUUACAAUCAGACUGUAAAUAACUUAAUGGUAAUAAAUGAAUCAACAUCAUUGUUAUUAACAGUGCUGUUAAACUGUGAUUAAAUUUCGAAUGUCCUACAAAAUAAAUGCAAAAUAUAAAUGGAAAAAUAAUAACGCUGUAAUAUAAGUGAAAUGAUAUUACUAAGUAUCACAAGUGGAAUAUUCGAACGUAUCUUUACUUACUUACCUGCCUACCAUUUUGUGAAAUUAGGAUCCGUUUGAUGAAAUUAAUUCCUUUAUCAGCGUAGAUAAGUGAACUUUUUAUAGUAUUUAUUUGCAGUUCUUGUUCUUUUUAUUAUAAUUAUAAUGUUACUAUAUAUAUAGGAAUUUUAUUAUUAUAUAACAUUUUCUACUACGUAUAUUAUUCUGUUUGAGAUUCAAACUACUAUGAUAUUAAAAUUUAUUGUAAUCAAUAUUUCUUAUUAAAAUCCAUUCCUCUAGCUCA